AAUCUGAAAGGGGAUUUUUGCUGUAUCUUGGCUCAGAUGGUGGUUCUGAACACUGGUUAGGUGGUCCAGAUGUCGGAGGACCAGCACCACCAGCGGGCCGAAGCCUCCCAGCGGGCAAAGGGCGGUCUGGAAGCAGGAGAGGGCGACACAGAGCCCAGCCUGCUGCUGCAGAAACUAAAGAGCAACAUCUCUAAGAAUGUUCAGACCAAAGUGGAUCAGAUCCUGCAAGACGUUCAACGUUUCUCUGACAACGACAAGCUGUACCUGUACCUCCAGCUGCCCUCGGGGCCCAGCUGUGGAGACAAAAGUGGUGGUGACGCCAGUUCGUUCAACACAGCCGACCAGCUUCACACCUGUAACUGGAUCCGCAGCCACCUGGAGGAGCAUUCAGACACUUGUCUGCCCAAACAGGAUGUCUACGAGACGUACAAGAGAUACUGUGACAACCUGCAGCAUCGUCCUCUGAGCGCUGCCAAUUUUGGGAAGAUCAUCCGAGACAUUUUUCCAAACAUCAAGGCGAGACGACUCGGGGGCAGAGGACAAUCCAAAUACUGUUACAGCGGCAUCAGGAGGAAGACCGUCCUCAACAUGCCUCUUCUGCCCAACCUGGACCUGAAGAACGACCCGUCGGAGCUGACUGAGCUGGUCCAGACCUACAAACAGGAAGUGACGGAGGCGGCGUGCGAGCUGAUCUGCGAUUGGGCGCAGAAGAUCUUGAAGCGUUCCUUCGACACGGUGGUGGAGAUCGCCCGCUACCUGAUCCAGGAGCACAUUGUGAACCCUCGCUGCAGCCAGGCCGAUCUGGUGACCUCUGCUGCCCUCGCAGGUGGUCCAGCUAAAACGCACAAGGUCAUCAAGAAAGCUCCUGUGCUCUCCAAACCUGAUGGAGACGAAUCCUCAGAUCAGAGGAAGGAACAGGGAGACUCGUCUUCAUCCUCGUCCUCGUCCUCUCAGAAGCUUCCGUCUGGAGACAAGUCAGCAGCAGCAGCCAAACCUUCCACAGCAGAUGCCCCGCCUCCUUCCUCUACCUCUUCUUCAUCUCUGCGACCAGCGGUGGAGGCGUUCAUGAAGCAGUUACCCAGAAUCCUCCCUCGCAGCUCCGUCCCUGAUAAGAGCCUCUCUGUCCGCGCCUCUCUGCCCUCGCAGGCUCCCAAAGAAGCCUCUGGUGUUGGGGGGCCUUCUGGACACGGGGGCUCUGCUGACCUUCACCCCACUGCCAGCAGUGGUGGGGUGAAGGUCAUCGCCAUGGCAACGCUGCCCCAGCAGCAGGGCGGGCCUGUCCCUGUGAUGUUCCUUCCUCAGAGCUGUCUGUCGUUUGAGAGGGACAAGGUCGCUCCACCUCCUCCUCUUCCUCUUCAGCAGCAGCAGCACGCAGUGGCAGCCCCCACCUCGGUGGUCCAAAAAGCACGAGGGACCGCCACCAAGCGCCCGCUGGAGGGAGAGACAUCAGGCGGCGGUGCUGCUGGUGUGUCUGGUGCCUCAGCUGUCAGCACGUCUCCAGUGAAACGGAAACGUGGACGACCAAGAAAACCUCGGCCUGAGGACUCACUUCCUGCUCCUCCUGUCACUCUUCCUCCUCAGCCUCCCCCUCCUCCUCCCUCUCAACAACCAAUCAUUACCUCCCUGACUGGCGGCGUCAUCCAGAAGGCUUCUUCCUCUUCGUCAUCCUCCUCGCAGCCUGUGGUGGAGCUGGUGAUCCAGGAACCAUCAGGUUUGGUUCUGAGCCAGCUGCCGGCCAUGUCAGACCCCGCCCAUCGGCUGUUGGAGCACCGCGGCGUGGUGGUGCAGUGUCAGACAGGUGGGACGGCUGAGUUGGACCAUCACAGCAGGCCGCUCCUGGUGUUCCAGAGUCCUGGGAACCCAGGCUGGGAGCUGGCCUCGCCGGGACGGACCCAGAUGGUAGAGGUGAUCCAGAAAGCUCCGAGGCCGAGCAACAACAGUACAGCUCCUCCACAUGCAGCGCAGCUCCACCUGCCUCCUCUUCCUCUGCCCAAACUGCAGGAGGAUCAAGGCGAGGUGGAGAUCACGCUGAUGCCAGUAGAUCUGAAUGUCAGCUCGCCUCCUUCCUCGACUGCUCCUGCCUCCUCCUGCUCUCUUUCCUCCGCGAUGGUGGUGAAACUAGAGGAUGAGGAGGAAGGAAACGGCAUCUCAAACAGAAAAGGACUUUAGCUUUUAUCAACUUCCCUCUGGUCUUUUUGUAAUAGCCCUUCACUCAACUUUUACCUCACCUGCUAAAAGCCCCGCCCCUUUACCUCCUCAUUGGUGGAAAUCCCAGAUUGGCUGCAGCAGAGAGCCAAUCAGGCAGGAUGAAUGAAGCCAAAACGU